AUGCCAUCGCUUGUCACCGUCACUAUCCAAUCUGCGCUCCUCAAAGCAGCCGCCAAUAUCGCAGCUCAAAGCCUCGCUGCGUGGAAAUCACAAACAAACACCCCAUUUGAUUGGGCCCGAGUGCUCGAAUUUGCAUUUUUCGGAGUUAGCUCGGCACCUCUCAUCUCGCUUUGGCAGCAAAAACUGGAGGAAAAGUUCCCCACGCAACACAAAGUCGAUCAUCAAACAUCCCACCCCAGAGUCUCGAAACAACCACCCCACGCCAAGCCCUUUAAACGAACGACGAACUCGCCUCCAGAAGUCAACUGGGGUAAUGUUUUCGUGAAACUUUUCCUCGAUCAGACUAUUGGACUGUUCGUCACAAAUGUCAUCUUCCUUACUUGUAUGACGGCGGCUAGACUCCUGAGCGUGACGUUGAUCAUUCGAGAGAUUGAAGCGCGCAUCGUGGGGAUUUUGAAGGUCGGGUGGAAGAUUUGGGGCCCAGUCGCGCUGAUCAACUUUAUCUGGGUUCCCUGGCAAUGGAGAGUGACAGCUGCUUCUAUUGUGGGAUUCGGAUGGAAUAUUGUUUUGGGCCUGUUGCGAGCUAGAGAGUUCCUGGAGUAA